AUGGACGCGCCAACAGCUGCCGAAGAUCAGCCCCCCAGCACUCCAGAACUCAAGCGAACAUAUCUCUCGCUGCUUUCGAACAAUGCGAUCAUUGACCUCGUACUUUCUCUCGAUGCUGGGGCCACGAGCAGCUUAUUUCCAGCGGACUUGGCAGGCGAGGUCCGACGCAUGCAAUCCAACUCUACUGCCGAUGAUGUCGAUGGUGAAGGCUCGCCAGAUCCCCAGCCUGCACCGCCACCUCCCAGAGCACCGUCUGCUCCGCUUGCAGGAGGUCCUCGCACACGUGCUGGGGCCGCACGGGCCUAUGCUGCAGCACUGGCCUCCAAAGACAGUAGUGCGUCUACUCGGCCUUCUCCCGCCCCAGGAGGCGUCUCCUUUCCCCAGACACCAGAGCCUCAACAGCCCCAACACUCUCCGCCGCCCUUUGCACCGAUUCCUCAGCCGUACCCUUCUCUGGUAGUCCACUUGCCUGGAGGAUCUCCCCCUAUACCAUCUCCUGCGACUCCGACAAAUCCUACCUCUGCAUCCGCUAACCCGCUGUGGCCACCAAACUCUCCUACCUCAGAGUCUGCUACUGGCUCAGCCCCCGGAAUCGGCCCCGUGAGAAACACUCCAGCCAAGAAAACUAGAACAGGGGUCAUCGGUGGAUACAAUCCAAUCACCUCUAUUGGACCUUCAUCCGAAGGCCUCCCUAGCUAUGAGGAAAUGAUAGUCCUUGCACUUAUGGAGGGUCAAGACAAUGAAGGAAUUGCGCCAAAAGAUGUAUUUGCUUGGAUGUCUGCCCGGUGGCCACUCAACGCCAAUUUUCGGCCGUCAGCAUCGCAAGCACUUCAAAAGGCGUACAAGCGUGGUCGCCUCGAAAAAGUAGGCACCAAGUACAAGCUCAAUCCCAAUUGGCAUGGGGGUGCUACAACGAACCGAACGACUCGUCGUCCCCAAUCGAUGGCCGAGGUACCUGGAAAUUACGCGUGGGCACCACCGCCGGUUCCGCCCGUUGUAUCUGUCCCUCCCGAUCCCAGAGCGCGGCAUACAGCUGGCCCCAAUCCUCCUAGCUCACCUACUUCCCAGCAAACCCAGGCCGAAUUUGACGCCCAGGCGCAAGUUGCUAGUCUACUAAAGGCACUACAGGAGGCAGGACCUGGACCUGGACCAUCUGACCCCAAUCCAAGUGGAGCUGAACAGAACCAGCCCCCAAAUGAGGAAGGAAGUAUACAAGCCCAUUUGCCUCGUAUGUCAAUUCCUGGUGCACCAGAUGGCGCCGCGCUCGCGCAACCGCCGCCGCCAGAAGUAUCGCCUGUGCAAAUGCAUCAACUCUCAGUUACCAUGCCCUCCCUCCCAGCACCACCCCAACCCGAAGCACCUACUCCACCCAUUCAAACUGGUAUGUCACCACCUGCACAAGCACCAAAGAGUGUACCCCCGUUACAAAAUCCGAUGUCGCCCCCUAUCCAAAAUGGUGUAAUCCAGAUUCAAAACGGUAUCUCAUCUCAACCCACAACCACCGCCUCUUCUGCACAACCAUCGCAACAACAGGUCCAAGUGCAUCAUCAACCUCAUAUCCCACCUCAAACCCCUGUGCUCCCCCAACCUCCUCAUCCCAUGCCCCCUGGAGUUCCGAUACCUUAUACUCCAUUCCAUGCUCCGCCAUCAGCAUUGCAAGCUAGCCUCGUCACACUGGCGUCCCAGCUGGCGAACAUGUCAAAAACCAAUCAGGGAGCGUGA